AGAGUGAGAUGGCAUAAUGGAGAUCAUAUCCAUAUUACUUUCUGGAAAGAUAAAAGAUCAUCAGAGGGAGAAAUGGAGAGCAAAAUGGAGCAGAAUUGCCAGGAUGAAUCUUCCAAAAGCUGGUUCAAGAUCACAAUUCCUUGUGGGAGAAAGUAUGACAAGACUUGGUUACUGAAUUCCAUACAGAGCCAUUGUAAUGUUCCCUUUACUCCAGUUGACUUCCACUAUAUAAAAAUGCAAGCCCAGUUCUUUGUCCAGGAUGUUAACACUGCUUCUGCAUUGAAGGAUGUCAACUACAAAAUCCAUGAUGAAGAGAAUCAAAAGAUAUCUAUUUUUGUCAAUCAUUCUAUUGUGCCUCAUUCUGUACAGAAUAAGUUCAGUACAAAACAAAUGAAGACAUUAAAGCUGUCCAUGGACAAACGCUAUGAUGUCAUCCAGCAAGCUCUUGAUCUCCAGAGUUUUCGUUUUGACCCAGACUUGGUAGACAAUGAUAUUGACAUGAUCCUGAAUAGAAGAAACUGCAUGGCUGCCACCCUGGAGAUCAUUGGAGAGAAUUUUCCCGAGCUUUUAUCCUUGAACUUGCGCAGCAACAAACUGUAUCAGCUAGAUGGCCUGUCUGACAUUUUACAGAAGGCCCCCAAGAUAAAAAGCCUUGAUCUUUCAAAAAAUAAGCUAAAGUCAGCCUGGGAGUUGGACAAGAUAAAAGAACUGAAGCUUGAAGAACUGUGGCUUCAAGGAAACCCAUUGUGUAACAAUCACUCAAGUCAUUCCAGCUAUGUGAGUGCCAUCCGAAAUUGUUUUCCGAAGUUACUGUUCUUGGAUGGUCAUAAGUUAGUCCCACAAGUUAAUGUUGAAACUAAAGCCCCUGAAGUAAUGAAACCCAGCCAGGAAACCUAUAAAGGAUCUGAGGCCCUGAAGAAUUUAAUCUUGCAAUUCCUGCGGCAGUACUAUUGGGUUUAUGACUUUGGGGACCGUCAUGAUCUCCUGAAUGCUUACCACAAUGAGGCUUGCUUCUCGCUGACCAUUCCUUUCAACCCUGAGGACCCUGCCCCAAGCAACAUGAUCAAGUACGCCAAGAGUAGUAGGAAUAUGAAGAAACGCAAGGAUCCUGUCCUUUUGGUUCGGUUGCUGAGACACACAAAACAUGACAUUGUUGACUCCCUCAGUGUCCUGCCAAAAACCCAGCAUGACAUUACCUCCUUUGUAAUGGACAUGUGUGUGCAGACGGAAACAAUGAUCUGUUUUACUGUCAAUGGAUUGUUCAAGGAGGUGGAAGAAAUGUCUCACGCUCCUGUUCGUGCCUUCACCCGGGUCUUCAUUGCCAUUCCUGCCACGAACUCCAGCAUUUGUAUCGUGAAUGACCAGCUGUUUAUGAGAGAGGUUAAUCUCAAAGAGACCACUCCAGUACCCACUCCUUCCUCCAAUUUUGUGACCAGCAUCUCCAAGGAGCAUCAGGAAAUGGUACAGAUGUUCUCCAUCCAGUCUGGGAUGAAACCAGAGUGGUCUCUAAAGUGCCUUGAUGACAAUGCAUGGGACUAUGCCAGAGCUGGACAGAUCUUCACUAUACUCAAGGUCGAGGGAAAGAUCCCAGAAGAGGCUUUCAAGCAAAACCCCUAA